AUGUUUGCUUAUGCAAUCCUCAUAAGUCUUGUAGUAACAGUAUUCGCCCAAAGUCCAACCAAAACGUCGAAUACAGAAUUCGUACAAACCUCACCGGCUUGGCUCUCGCAAGUUUCUAUUCCACCCGGUGUACCUAGGAGCUUACCUCGUGACGAAGACAUCAAAGCUGGGCCUAUUGUACCUGGCUCUAUCAAGCUAGAUACUACAAAAUACCCCGAGACCCUCAAACAGCCACCUACAGAUCACCCUGAGGUUCAAGCUGUUAUCAAACAGCUCGACUUUUCCAAGGUUCCUCAGGCUCCCGUUAGAAUAAAGAAAGAAUGGUCGCCCGAUGUGACUGGCUACAAUGUCACGACGGAUCCUGAUUGUUGGUGGACGGCUACUAUCUGCAAAAAGCCAAAGGUCAGUUAUAUUCCCGAGGACAUUUACAUGUGCCCGAACAAAGGAGACUGGGGGCUCAAUUAUGAUGAUGGUCCGUACAAAAGUUGGUGGCCUACCUCUGAAAAGGACAAAGAAUACGAUCAACCGAGAUUUUACAAUUUCUUGAUUGAAAAAGGCAAGCAGAAAGCCACCUUGUUUUUUGUUGGCUCCAAUGUUGUGCAUUAUCCUGAAGCUGCUCAACGUGCCAUAAGUGAUGGUCACACGAUUUGCUCCCAUACUUGGUCUCAUCCGCUCAUGACGACGUUGACGAACGAAGAAAUUGUUGCCCAGCUCUAUUGGACCCAAAAAGCCAUCAAAGAGACGACAGGUGUCACUCCCAAAUGCUGGCGACCCCCUUAUGGUGAUGUCGAUGAUCGUGUGCGCGCCAUUGCCUGGCAGAUGGGUAUGAGGACUUUCCUAUGGGAUCAAGACACCUUUGAUUGGAACUUGGCGAACCAUGGACAUAUUACUUUGCAACACGAGAACAACAAUCUUACAAUACAAAUUUCAGAAAAAUGGUUACCUGAACUUCAAAAAACUCAUAAUGUUAUGCCUAUCCAUCAGUGUAUUAAUGAUCCAUCUCCUUAUUGGGAGCAAAGCUGGGUAUAUCCUACACUUGAUAAUCCUGGUCCACCAAAAAACAACAUAAAUACUCCCGCAACCGUAGCCCCUACCAAAACUAAUAUCGCAUCAAGCACCUAUUUGGAUUUCUCCAAAUUCUACCUUUGCUCUUUGCUUGCUGGAAUCGUUUUUUCAUUAUCGUUUUAA